AUGACGAAAAUCAAAGUUAAGACACCGGUGGUAGAAAUGGAUGGGGAUGAGAUGACAAGAAUUAUUUGGAAGUUGAUCAAGGAUCAGUUGAUUCUUCCAUUCUUGGACAUCGAUCUCAAAUACUAUGACCUUGGCAUUGAGUACAGAGAUCAAACUUCUGAUAAAGUUACAAUUGACUCUGCACUGGCCACCCAGAAGUAUGGCGUUGCAGUCAAGUGUGCUACCAUCACUCCUGAUGAGGCCCGUGUUAAAGAGUUUGGUCUUAAAAAGAUGUGGUUGUCCCCAAACGGUACCAUUAGAAACGUUUUAGGUGGUACGGUUUUUCGUGAACCUAUCAUUAUCGACAAUAUUCCUAGAAUCAUUCAGCAUUGGGAGAAACCAAUCAUCAUUGGGAGACACGCUUUUGGAGAUCAGUACAAGUGUGAAAAUAUUGUGACUCCAGAUUGCGGAGGAGAGCUCAAGAUAGUUUUUGUUCCCAAAGAUGGUAGCAAAAACAUAGAAAUCCCUGUUUAUAAUUUUGAUGGUAAAGGCUGUGCCUUGUCAAUGUACAACACUGAGGAGUCUAUCAAAGGUUUUGCUGUCAGCUCUUUUGAACUGGCACUUGACCGUAAGCUGCCGCUAUACAUGUCGACGAAAAACACUAUUUUGAAGCAGUACGAUGGCCUGUUCAAAGAUACUUUCCAAAAUAUUUACGAGACACGGUACAAGGAUAAGUUUGAGAAGCUGGGAAUUUGGUAUGAGCACCGCCUAAUUGACGAUAUGGUGGCCCAGAUGGUGAAAUCCAAAGGAGGAUUCAUCAUUGCCAUGAAGAACUACGAUGGUGACGUUCAAUCAGAUGUUGUGGCACAAGGAUUUGGCUCCUUGGGUUUGAUGACAUCAGUUCUUAUUUCUGCAGAUGGCAAAUCUUUUGAGGCAGAGGCAGCCCAUGGAACCGUUACCAGGCAUUAUAGGCAGCAUCAACAAGGUAAGGAAACGUCCACGAACUCAAUUGCUUCCAUAUUUGCUUGGAGUAGAGGUCUGAUCAAAAGGGGAGAGUUAGACGAUACUCCGGACGUUGUUAAAUUUGGCAAAACUCUAGAAAAGGCCACCAUUGAUACAGUUAAGGACGGCAUAAUGACCAAAGACCUCGCUCUAGCUAGAGGAGAGACUGAGCGCUCUUCCUAUGUGACGACCGAGGAAUUCAUUGAGGCUGUUGCAAAAAAGCUCGGUUCGCUUUUGGAAGCAUAG